AUGAGUGAAGAGAUUGCUAAGACGAAGGUGUAUUGUCCAUGCCGUGUCAUUGAGGCGCAAGUGCAAGAACUAGGAGCAUUGUUGAAGAGCUUUGAAGUGAGUGACAUUGGAGUUCAUGAUGAGAUUGUCAACAAGCAAUUGGUGAACUUUAGUGAAAAGGUGCUUUGUGUGGAACAAGAGGUUCAAAACGUUAAGCAAGAGCAUGAAGGUUUAAGUAGGAGCAUCUUCAAGGAGAUCGAGUCUAUGCAACGAGAUUUGAUCAAUGUUUUAUUGAUACAAAUUAUCGUAUGGAUCAAUGAAGGAUUCUGCGUGUGUUGGGAUAGUGUUAAGAUCUCUAUUGCUAUCCAAGAGACAAUAUACAAUAGGUUUUGGAGUAGGGACAUUGCUUAUGAAAUCCAAACUGAUUUGUGUGAACUUGUUCAAGGUGACAUGGAUGUUGAGUCUUUAAUUGCUAAAUUUUUUGAGGAGUUGUGCUUGAAUAGUGGUAGUAAUGACUUGAAUGAAGUGUUAGUUGUGAGAUUAUUGAAUGGCUUGAAUUCUUGUUAUAAAGAUGAUGUGUCUUUGAUAAAAGAGAAUGAUUUAUAUCGUACUUUUCAAAGAGUUGUGUUGUUGGAGUUGUGUGCGAUAGAUUGGAUUGAUAGUUUUAUUGUAGCUAUUGAUGGGGGUAGUUACAUCAAUUGUAUAAGUAAAGAGUUUGUUAGAGUUAAUCACUUGGAGGUGAAAGACUUAAGUGAACCUUACAAGUUACGUUGGUUGCAUGGUGGAAUGGAAUUGAGCGCUACUCAAAGUGCUAAGAAGUUGGGAAUGGUCUUUGUUGGUUCAUUGAAUGUGUUCUCAUAUCGAGAUCAUGAGAAUAGAUUGGUGGAGUUAAGAUCAUUAUCACCGUGGGAGAGUGAGCAUAUCAUGUUUGAGAGACGUGAGCUUGCUAGACCAUUGUACAAAGUGAAGGAUGUACAACAAAAUAAAAAGGAAGGUAAAGAUUUGGUGGCCCAAGAUUGUUUCUUGUUUAAGAAUAGAAGAAAGUUUGUUGUGAGAACAUGGCCUUCUUUGAAGAAGUAUUCACCAACACCUUCUAGUGGGAACAAUGAGGUUGAAGAAGAAUCGCUUAUUCAACAACAAGUGUCUGUGGAGUCAAGUGAUGAUUUCCCUAACAAGUGGAGUGAUUCAAGUGAUGUACAAGAGAUUGAUCCAAGUGAGUUUGUUCCAAAGAGCAAGCGUCUUGAAGAAAUUGAAGAUGCACAUUCAAGUGUGUAG